GAUGCUUGAAGGAAAUUUACACUGUUUAAGAUUUAUAUCAACUGAAGGAAAAGAAUUAGCAGUUUCUGUUCAAGUGGAAAAAUUGAAUGAAGAGUUAGAAACAAAGUCAACUUAUUGCCAUCGAAAUAGUGAAGUUACUGUUGAAAAAACUGCUUUUAAUGAUUUAAUGUUACAGAAUAUGGCUUGUUCCAUAGAUUUGAAUUAUAAUGUGACAAAUAGAAAACUCCAUAUCAUUAAGGUUGCUAGAAAUAUUUUAAAAGUUAUCAAAAUAGCAGUGUCUUUGGGUGGUUUGAACAGAGGUAGUUUACCUGGUAGUAGGGAAAAAUGUCGAACGGUAACUUCAAAUUUGGAUCCGAAUGCCCAACUAUGUUAUCAAUGUAAUUCAUUGGUGAGUAGAAACUGUCUUGAUGAAUUUAAAGGACCAGUAUAUGGUGUGGAAUUUUGUGUUGGUGUUGCAUGUUUUAAAAAGAAAAUUAAAGUUGACAAUGGAGUCUAUGAGAUUCACAGAGAGAUUAGGGUUACAGGUAAAUCCAUACCCAUUAGGGGUGAAUGUCUUACGAUGACCAAGGAAAACGGUUGUUGUUGA